AUGCCUGACGUCAAGCGAAAUGUCCGUCUUGUCACGGAGCAACACAUCAUUGACAAGCCGUCCGAGGUUGAAGGCUUCCCCCAGCGCGAAUGGUCCAUCGAGGUCUAUCUCGUGAACGACAAGGGCGACCUUGUGCCCGCCAACCUCUUCGACAAGGUCAUCUACCACCUCCAUCCCAGUUUCGGCGCCCGCGCCACCCAAACCUUCAAGAACCCGCCGUUUCGCAUUCAAGAGGAAGGAUGGGGUGAAUUCGAUAUGCAGAUUGAAUUUGUGGCGGACAAGUCGCACCUGAUCAACCACGACUUGAACUUUGCCCAGGAGCGCUAUGAGUCCAAGCAUGUCCUGACAUUCAAGAAUCCAAAGGGGAAUUUCUUGGCAGCUCUGCGCGAGACCGGCCCCGUCCCUGGCGAUGAGAAUGGGGCAAAGAACAAGCGCGCCGCGGUUGGUGAGGAGAGCGCCAAGAAGAAGAAGCGCACUGAGAAGAAUGUUGAUAUGGACAAGCUGGCCGAUGGCCUGCAGAAGCUCAACGAGGAUGAUUUGCUGCAAGUUGUGCAAAUGGUGCACGACAACAAGGCCCCCGACUCAUACACCCGGAAUGAUAUGGAGCUGGGCGAGUUCCAUGUUGACCUCUACACCCUGCCUGAUACAUUGAUCAAGAUGCUUUGGGAUUUUGCAUCCGAAAAGCAUGCCAUCUAA